AUGUUGGCGCCACUUUUCGAAGAAACGAGACGAUUGAGUGAUUCAUACACGCAUUUCUAUGGUAAACGUUUAAAAAUAAAUCAAAAUCAAGAUUUUUUUCCUAAAAAUUCUCCAAGUUCAACAAAAUUACCAAUACAGGGAAAAGAAAAUGUUAAAGUGAUUGAAUUAGAUAAUGAUGAUGAUGAUGUGAAUGAAAGUAAUUAUAGAAAUAUAGAUAUAGUUAGACAAAAUACCAACAAAUCAAAUUUAGUGAGGCAUUCUCAUGAUAAAAAUUAUAAAUUUUUCAAGACUCAUAGAACUCCAUUAAGUUCUAGUAAAAUCAUAAGAGCCAAAAUGUCAUAUAAAGAUCAACUUAAAAAAAGGAUUAAUUUUCUUCAAGAAAGUUAUCGUCUAAGUGAAAAAUUUAAAUACAUUCAAUUGCUUCAAUCUCAAACAAGUUGUUAUUUAUUAAAAAGAAAAUCAUCAUUUAAUAAUGAUAAUAAUGCAUUACCAACUUCGAAGAUACCAUUAAUCGAUUUGACCAAUGAUGACCAUAAUGUAGACAAAAAAACCUUUAUGAGGAGUUCAUCAAUUAGCGAAAUUAAAUUGGAUGAAAAAAAUGUUAAUACACCUGGAGAAAAAGACUUGGAAAUAAUAGAAGAAAUAACAGAUUUAAAACAUUUUAAAAAAGGAAAUAAAUCUGAAUCGAAAAAACCGAGCGAUAAUUUUAAAAAUCUUGAAAUUUUCUUAGAGGAUAGCGAAGAUGACAAUGAACCUAUAUUAGUUUUGGAUGAGAAAAAUAAACCUUAUAUCGAAUCAUUGGAAGCGAAAUUGUGCGAAUUGAUGCAAAUACACGAUUCUGAAAUAUCAAAAGAUGGUAAUAAAGAUAAAUAUGUAACACCAGUGUUGACACCUGAACAGGAAAAAAAAAUACAAAAUGCUUUGAUCAAAGAACCAAGUCAAGAAGUUUUGGUCAAAGGAUUUAAUUUAUCAAUCACGAGAAAAGACAUGCAAACUUUAAAAGGAUUAAAUUGGUUAAACGAUGAGAUAAUUAAUUUCUACAUGAAUUUAAUUAUGGAAAGGAGUAAAAAAAAUACAAAAUUACCUAAAGUAUACGUUUUCAAUACAUUUUUCUUUACAAAAUUAGUUUCUAGCGGUUAUGCAUCAUUAAAAAGAUGGACGAAACAGGUUAAUAUUUUUUCGUACGAUAUUUUAUUCAUACCCAUACAUUUAGGAAUGCAUUGGUGCAUGUCGACGAUUGAUUUUCGUUAUAAAACAAUCAAAUAUUACGAUAGCGUUGGCUCACCCAAUGAUUUAUGCUUGGAAUAUUUGCUCCUUUAUUUGGAAAACGAAAGUUUAAACAAGAAUAAUUUAAAACUCGAUUCGAAAGAAUGGUCGAGAACGAACGUUAAAAAUAUACCACAACAAAUGAACGGAAGCGAUUGCGGAGUUUUUUCAUGCAUGUUCGCCGAACACAUUGCAAGAAAUAGUCCGAUAACGUUCACACAAGAUCACAUGCCUUUUUUUAGAAAAAAAAUGAUACUCGAAAUAUUGGACAAGGAUUUAAUGACGUAA